CUCUCAGUCAGGUCGCCUUCGAUGGCGAGGGUUCCCCCCACUCUUUCUUACCUUACUAUCUACAAUCCGACCUUGACGGCUACUGGAUCCAUUUCAAACGACGAUGAAGACGCCGAAGAACAAGCUCAAAUUCUGUUCUAUACUUCCAAAGAACGCGCCACCUCUAGGGACACCAUCCUCAGACAGGUCGGACUUGCCAAGGCCCUUGCCAAUUUCUCAGAAAUGUUCAACCCCGGAACAUCUUGCGAAAGCGUUCAUUCUCAAACGAGGCGUAUGAUUAUGAUCUGUCCCGAGCCGGACUUUUGGAUACAUGUAGCCGUUGAGGUUUCCAAAAUACCGAGAGCACACACCAUAACUAAAGCGAAUUCGAAGGGGAGAGGAAAUGAGAAACAGAAGGAACCUGCUAUCUCUUAUGACUAUAGUGACGCCUCGGUACAUGACUUGGCUCUAAAGGCCGAUCUAAUGAAAGGUUACGAGCAUUUCAAGUUGACACAUGGAUCAUUCACUUCAAUUUUAUCGACUCAAGGACGAACCGCAUUAGAACUUCAACUAGAAAGAUUUUUUAUCGUGUGGGCCUGGUCUUGGGAUUUAGAAAGCGGAUUCGAAUUUGGGGAUCAUCUUGGUGUGCCUUUACAUUCUACGCAUACAACGAUAGCAACAUUAUUAGACGAAUUCUCGUCAAGAAUACCGGAUAACCUUGCUCCUAUCUUCGCCACCCCUACUCAUAUCAUACUCUCUAAACGAUACAUCGACGGACGCUUACCAAAGUCUCUUUCUCGUUAUAUUCUUUCUCUAGUACUGCCUUCACCAGAUUCUCCCGGCGGAGACCUCGAUCUAGAAUCAACUUUACGGUUGAAAAAGCCGCCGGAUCCUAUUGGUGCAAACUAUGAUGGCUUUGAACAAGAAGCUCAUUCACAACAAGGACAGAACACGAACUCGUUUAUGGGUAUACCUACGGGUAACCUAAAUAUGAACGUUAAUGUCAAAUGGAGCUGGCCUGGCUAUUUGACUUUUGGAAAGUCCGCUCAGAAACAGAACCAGAAUCGACCUUCCCUUGCCUCGUCCACGUCAGACGAGAAAGUCAAGGAAGAACAGGAUGUCGACGAUCAUAGGAACCAACAUUCUCAUCCUGCAGAUGCCGAGAUCGACAGAAGUGCUCUAGACGAUGCCAUCUCCUCGGAAGGGGUCCACGUAUCACACUCAGUUGCUCAGGAAGACACGCACGAUUUUGCAAGUGCGGAUAUUUCUAACACCCCGUCGACCACGUCUCCACCAAUCCCACCGAAACAGUUCUCAUCGACCGGGGUUCACAUCUCUGAUCCUUUGAAUCCACUACUGACGAAGCGAAGAACGGUUUACUAUUUAACCAAACCCGGUCGGACGAUUUCGUGUAUCAGCUUAGACGAUAAUAAGGAUCCCGAUCUGGAAAGUCUAGAUUAUAUUUCCGUGCAGAUCGACGGACUCUUUAAGGAUAUUGAAAAAGUAACGAAAGACCUCCCAAACAGUGCUUCGUCUGAUGGGUCUAUACCAGUCUCGAAAUUACUUCAACAGAGAGAUCGACAUAUCUUGGCUUUACCUCACUUUACAGCCUCCACUUCAGACAAACUUUUCUCAUCGAAAUCGCAACAACUUUUCAACGCUCAACAGUUUUUGGAGAGUGAUCUGGACGUCAAGGAAGUAUUCUCUCGAGGUCAGAAUCCUCAACAUUGGCAUGUUGGACGGAAACUCAAACAAGGGGAGACAGUGUUCAUGGAGGUCUUCAGUAAAGAGUCGAGUUUGACUGACGUUGAUAAUGGGUUAGCUGGGAUUAUCAGGCGUAUGGAGGGGCUCGUGGAUAUAUGAUCGGAUAGGAACUUAUAUCACGAAUGUUUGUGUAUGCAUAGUUUGUGGGUGUUGAUCGUGGAUGUACCGGAGGUCAGGGAACGCUUCUCUACUUCACUAUCUCCUCUCCACUCGAACCCGGUACCCCACCUUCUGAUAAUUGAAACCUCACGAGAGGCCUGAGCGCUGAUCUUCUAGGUACAACCUCAAACCUCCCGUUGGUCUGUUGCUCGACCGACACGGGGAUCUUCUUCCUAUCUAACUUCGAGCUUCACCAUUACAAUUUCCGACUAAUUGGAACCCCGGGCCUUCCUACUAGACGCGGUCGUGAUAAAGGCCC